UGGGCGGAGUAAGUACUUCCGCAGUCAGGUAAUGACGUUACGGGUAAACAGGUCCUGUAGCCGUGGCAGCGGCUGAGGCCAGCGGGCGAGGCACCGACUGCCGCUGACCCGGGAGAGAAGCGGCCUGCCGGAAUCAGCCCGGGCGGCAGCGCGCCGCCGCUACGGGGUUGGCAGCUAAACUAUGUGCUCCUCCAGGGCGGGCACCAUGUCGCACUCAUCUUUGUACCCCCAGCAUCUAGCAGUGUUGGCAUGUAGUAGGCACUCAAGAAAUGUGUGUUGAAUGAACGAUGCCCGUGACAAGCAACUGGACUUUAUUCUUUCCUGACCCUUGCUCCUAUGACACACUUCCUCCUGGCUGCCACUAGCACCCCUUCAGAGCAGAGCUGCUCUUCUAGGGAAACCGGAAGGGAAACAGCUAUGGCCAAGGACAUCCUGGGUGAAGCAGGGCUGCAUUUUGAUGAGCUGAACAAGCUGCGCGUGUUGGACCCUGAGGUUACCCAGCAGACCAUAGAGCUCAAGGAGGAGUGCAAGGAUUUUGUGGACAAAAUUGGCCAGUUUCAGAAAAUAGUUGGUGGUUUAAUUGAGCUUGUUGACCAACUUGCAAAAGAAGCAGAAAAUGAGAAGAUGAAGGUAAGAUCAGCAGGUCUUCUAAAUCUUGUCCUGGGACAUGGUUCAGUCGCUCUUUUUCUUGGGGAGGGGGAUGUGGGAUUUUAUUUAGAACAGGAUUUUGGGGCGCCUGGGUGGCUCAGUCAUUAAGCGUCUGCUUUCGGCUCAGGCCAUG